AUGAGAUCAUGUGCAAAGAGGAGAUGGAAGAUGGGAGGACCCUUGUUGAAGUCUCCAAGCCUCAAUAGCAAUGCUUUCUUAAACAAGAUGAGCCGUUUGCCCAAUCAUUCUCUUCCUUACCUGCUUGGUGUCUAUUGCCAAUCGCUCUGGGACAUUAGCCCCAGACUUGUCCUGUCUUCCUCUCCUCUUCACUCCUCUCGGUCUGGCUUCUUCUUUGUCACCACGCCAUCAGCUCACCUAGUAAAUCUUUUAAUAUUUAUAGUUGUCUCCAGUCCCUACAUCGUUCUGGGCUCACCUGGGAAAGGAAAAAAGAAGAAGGAAAGAAACACAUUAGGAAAAGAAAUCCAAAUAGGAAGUACGGCGGCGCAAAUUCCCAGUAGCUUUGGCCAUGAGUUGAUGGCUUGUCUUCGUUGCCACCUUGUCAAAACCUAUGACCAGUUCAGCGAAUCAGGCUGCGAGAAUUGCCCAUUCUUUAAGAUGGAGGAAGACCACGAGCGUGUUGUUGACUGCACAACUCCUAAUUUUAAUGGGAUAAUUUCAGUUAUGGAUCCAUCUCGAAGUUGGGCUGCACGUUGGUUGCGAAUUGGUAUAAAAUUUCCUCGUGGUGUUUACACUCUUGCUGUUUCAGAGUCUCUUCCCGAAGAAAUGCAGGCUAUUUGUGAAGAUGAGCGUGUGCAGUAUAUUCCUCCCUAAUGCUUGUGAAGCACUUUUAUCGUUGCCUUGACAUCAACUGAACAGAAACUGAAUUGCCUUCAUCUGUAGUAAAAUGUAGGUUUUCAUGUUCAUAGUCAGUUUGCUGUAUUGUGUACUUUUGACAAAAGUGGUUUUGUGCUCUGAGCUACUUAGUUUCUCUCAAGAAUGAACUAAAACGAUUACUGAAAACCUGACAUGCUAGCAUGCGCAAUGGUGCAUAAGUUCAAGUCAUGUAAUGAAGCUGCGCAUUGUUUACAUAAAAUAUUAAAUUAAAUCGAUUAA